AGGGGGUGCCGUGGGGUUUUGAUUUUCCCUGGCCAAUGGAGAUGGCUCUCCGGGCGCAGACCCCGCUCUGCUCCCGGAGCCGCCCGCUGCUCCUCGUGCGCGCCGCCGCCGUCCCCGGCCUCGCGCAGUCUAUCGUAAAGUGCAGCAGGUUUACGAGAAGCAGGCUCGUUCGAUGCAUGGUGGCAAGUUCAGAUUAUCCUAAGAGGAAUCCGAGGAGAUCGUCAGCUCCUAAGCCCAAGGGCACUGCCUCUAGAGGAUAUGCUCCAAGACCUUCUGCCGAUUCUUGGACCUCCACCAAGAAGAUUGAACAUGGCAGCGCUGAUGAAGACGGUGAUCUUGGCAGAAGCAACGGGACGCUCAGUGGUGACGCAACAGAGCAGGCAAGUACCGCGGAAGAAGAAUCUGGGGUGGAAUUUGCAGGAAAUGUUUCUAGCAGCGCGGGGCUGGAAGGUGUGGCCGAGACUGAAGAAGAGGCUGACCAAAAUCAGCCUCCUGCAUUGUCUUCCACAUCCAUGGAUGUUGAGUCAGUUAAUGAAGCAACAGAGCAGACAAUUAUCGGAGAUGAAUCAUCUGUGGUGGACUUCUCAGGAAAUGUUUCUGGCAGCGUGGCAUUGGAGGUAGUGGAUGAGUCUGAGACUGAAGAAGAGGCUGACCAGAAGCAGUCAUCAUCAUUGGCUUCCACCUCUAUGGAUUCCGAGUCAAUUGACAGGGAACUUGAGGGGUACCGUGCCAGAAUAAAUGCACUGGUGGGUGCGAGCACUCAAGAACAGGACCAAUCGAUUAUUGGUGUUCAUGACCAAGAUAAAUCGGUAAUUAGUCCCAAUGAGCAAGACAUAUCAGCCGUUGACGUUCCUGAACAAGGCCUGUCAGGUGUUGGUGUUACCAGAGAAGAUCCAACAAAACAAACCACCAGCAAACAGGAAAUCACUGAAGCAGCAGUGGAGGAGAUAUCCAGCAAGAAUUUCGUGGCGAGAAAACAUUCUAUAUCAGGAGAUGGCGUUGAGGCAAGUAAAAAUGCCAAUCAACAGCCUUUGGUUGAUGGCGAUGAACUGAAGAUAACAGAGGACGAAGAACAGCAUGAACCAGAGAUGCAAGAAUAUGUACGGAAGGAUGUUGAUCUUCAAGCGCUAAAGCGAAGGCUUGAAGAGCUUGCAGAUGGAAAUUAUUCGAUUGGGAAUAAGUGUUUUGUUUUUCCUGAAUUGGUGAAAGCUGAUUCAGUUAUUGAUCUUUACUUAAAUCGUAGCAUGUCUGCCUUAGCAAGUGAGCCUGAUAUUCUUAUCAAAGGGGCAUUCAAUGGUUGGAGAUGGAACCAUUUCACUGAAAGAUUGCAUAAAAGUGAAUUAUCAGGGGAUUGGUGGUGUUGUAAGCUAUACAUACCCAAGCAGGCAUACAGAUUAGACUUUGUGUUCUUUAAUGGUGACACCGUCUAUGAAAAUAAUAGUUAUAAUGAUUUCGUCCUGCAUAUAGAAAGUGACAUUGAUGAACACUCAUUUGAGGACUUCUUGCUUGAAGAAAAGCAGAGGGAACUUGAAAGGCUUGCUGCAGAAGAAGCUGAAAGAGAAAGACAAGCCGAGGAGGAGCGCCGGAAGGAGGAAGAAAGGGCCGCAAUGGAGGCUGAUAGGGCACAAGCAAAGGCUGAGGUCGAGAUGACGAGGAAUAACUUGCAGCAUGUGUUGGGUUUAGCCAGCAGAUAUGCCAAUAAUCUAUGGUAUAUAGAGCCUAACACAUACAAAGGAGGGGAUAGGGUCAGAUUAUACUAUAAUCGAAGCUCGGGACCACUAAAGCAUAAAAAUGAGAUUUGGUUGCAUGGGAGUUACAAUAACUGGACUGAUGGGCCCUCUAUUGUUGAGAGGCUAGUCAAAUCUGACGAACAGGAUGGUGACUGGUGGUAUGCAAAUGUUACUUUACCUGAAAGCGCAUUGGUGUUGGACUGGGUUUUUGCUGAUGGACCACCUGGGAACGCAAGGAAGUAUGAUAACAAUGGGAAGCGAGAUUUCCAUGCUGCUGUUUCAAAGAGCAUAUCCGAGGACUUGUUUUGGGUGAAAGAAGAACAUAGGAUAUUUGAAAGGCUUCAGCGAGAAAGAAAAGAGAAGGAGGAUGCUGGUCGGAGAAAGGCUGAGAUAACUGCAAGGAUGAAAGCUGAGAUGAAGGAGAAGACUAUGAGAGAGUUUCUUCUCUCACAGAAACACAUUGUGUAUACUGAGCCACUUGAAGUACGUGCAGGAAUGACAGUUGAUGUUCUAUACAAUCCUUCUAACACAGUGCUGAAUGGAAGUCCAGAAGUUUGGUUCAGAUGUUCCUUUAACCGUUGGACUCAUCCAAGUGGUCCUUUGCCACCGCAAAAGAUGGUGAAUGCAGAAAAUGGUUCACACUUACAAGCUACAGUCAGGGUUCCUUUGGAUGCAUAUAUGAUGGACUUUGUUUUCUCUGAGUCGGAAGAAGGUGGGAUGUAUGACAACCGGGAUGGGAUGGACUAUCAUAUUCCUGUGUCUGAUUCCAUGGCAAAGGAACCACCUAUGCAUAUUGUGCACAUUGCAGUAGAAAUGGCUCCUAUUGCAAAGGUUGGGGGCCUGGGCGACGUUGUUACUAGUCUUUCACGAGCUAUUCAAGAUUUAGGCCACAAGGUUGAGGUUGUUUUUCCAAAGUAUGACUGUUUAAACCUAAGCAAUGUGAAGGAUUUACAUUGCCGUCAAAGUUUUACUUGGGGUGGUACAGAGAUAAAAGUAUGGUUUGGAAAGGUUGAAGGCAUCUCUGUUUAUUUCUUGGAACCGCAGAAUGGGAUGUUUUGGGUUGGAUGUGUCUAUGGAAGGAACGAUGAAAGUAGAUUUGGCUUCUUUUGUCAUUCUGCCCUGGAGUUUCUUCUCCAGAGUGGCUCUUCUCCAGAUAUCAUACACUGUCAUGAUUGGUCAAGUGCUCCAGUUGCUUGGCUGUACAAGCAACAUUAUGUUCAUAAUGGGCUGCCAAAUGGUCGGGUUGUAUUUACCAUCCACAAUCUUGAAUUUGGAGUACAUCACAUCGGCAAAGCAAUGGCACAUUGUGAUAAGGCUACAACUGUUUCAUACACAUAUUCAAAGGAAGUGUCUGGGCAUGGUUCUAUUGCUCCUCAUUAUUUCAAAUUCCAUGGCAUUCGUAAUGGAAUUGAUUCUGAUAUUUGGGAUCCCUAUAAUGACAACUUCAUCCCGGUCCAUUAUACUUCUGAGAAUGUUGUUGAGGGUAAGAGUUCUGCAAAAAGGGCAUUACAGGAGAAGCUUGGCUUACAUCAAACUGAUUCCCCUCUAGUCGGAAUCAUCAGUCGGCUUACAGCCCAGAAGGGAAUUCACCUUAUCAAACAUGCAAUUUAUCGAACUCUUGAACGCAAUGGACAGGUGGUUUUACUAGGCUCAGCUCCAGAUCAUCGCAUACAAGGUGACUUUAGCAACUUAGCUAGUAAACUUCACGGUGAAUUUGAUGGUCGCGUGAAGCUUUGUUUAACUUAUGAUGAGCCACUAUCACAUUUAAUAUAUGCUGGUGCCGACUUCAUUCUUGUGCCUUCCAUUUUCGAACCUUGCGGUUUAACACAACUUACUGCUAUGCGGUAUGGAUCCAUCCCAAUUGUUCGGAAAACUGGAGGCCUUUAUGACACGGUUUUUGAUGUGGACGAUGAUAAGGAUCGGGCCCGUGAACAAGGCCUUGAGCCAAACGGAUUCAGCUUCGAAGGAGCUGACAGCAAUGGCGUAGAUUAUGCUCUUGACAGGGCGAUCACGACAUGGUACGACGCCCGCGGCUGGUUCCACUCCCUCUGCAAGCGGGUCAUGGAGCAGGAUUGGUCCUGGAAUCGGCCUGCUCUGGACUACAUGGAACUGUACCAUUCCGCGCGCAAGAACUGAAACUUUGAGCUGGCGGGGAGAGUAACAAAUGAAGUUCAGGGAGUGUGUUUGCCAGGUUUCGCGACAUGCCAAUGCCUCACUGUAUAUGCCGUUAUCCGGAAAGCCAUUCUUCCGUCAAAUGGGCUCUGAGGAGAAGUAUAGGGCUUCUGCGUCCCUCUGCGAGAGGCUGAAAUGUGAGCUGUUUACUUCAUCCAUUGAUCAUGAUAUUGCAGCAUGCAACGCGCACGCACACGACAAAUGUGGCACACGGGAAAGUUUGUUCCAGCGAGAGUCUUCAGUUUUUUGCAACAUGUACCGAUGCAAAUAUGUUCCCAUUUUACGGUUCUGUAGUUCUUCAGAUGUACAUAUUUUGUAAGCUGUUUGCUAGAUUCUUAGGGCCGGCCCACGCUCAGUGUAGUUUGAUUUUCUGCCUCGUCUAAAUAACAAAGUGCAUAUCAAAUGGUGUA